ACUGCAGACAGAAAAUAGACUGCAGACACAGACAAAUGACCAGAGACUGCAGACACAGUACAGGGGAUGACCAGAACUGACACAGUACAGGGGAUGACCAGAGACUGCAGACACAGUACAGGGGAUGACCAGAGACUGCGGACACAGUACAGGAGAUGACCAGAGACUGGACACAGUACAGUACCAGGCAGACACAGAUGACCAGAGACUGCGGACACAGAGAUGACCAGAGACUGCGGACACAGUACAGGGAUGACCAGAGACUGCGGACAUACUAC